UGAUCAGCUAGUCUCAUCGCCCUCCAAUAAAUAUUUAUACACAUUUCGGAAUAUCACUUACAAAUGGCUACGGCGGAAGUGGAGAGCAGAGAGUGGUACGUUGCGAGUUAUGCACCAACUGGUGUUCCCAAUUCUGAUCAUCUUAAGCUCCGCAUUGUGACUUUAUCAGAUUCCAUCCCUGAUGAUCAUGUGGCAUUCAAAAUCCUCUAUGUCUCUAUUGAUCCAUACAUGCGUACUCAAUUGAGUGGCCUCCAUGAUGGGCUCUCUCUUCCUCAAAUUCCACUCGGCCAGGUGAUAAGAGCAUUAGGAAUAGGCAAGGUGAUCCGAUCUAAGGACGCCAAAUUUUCAGAGGGAGAAAUAGUACUUAGCCCUUUUUGCCCUGUUGCUGAAUUUGGUGUUAUGCCUUCUAAUUUGCUUCAGAAGGUUAAUGGGGUUGCUAGCUUGCCUGAUCAUCUUAGUUGCUUAGGAAUGCCUGGAAUAACAGCGUGGGUGGGCAUAGAAAAGAUAGGAAAUGCUAAAGCGGGAUCAAAUGUUUACAUAUCGGCAGCAGCGGGAGGAGUUGGAAUCAUAGCUGGACAACUAGCCAAAGUUAAAGGCUGUCGCGUUGUUGGAAGCGUAGGCUCUGAUGAUAAGGUGAAGCUGUUGAAAGAAGAAUGUGGAUACGAUGAAGCUUUUAAUUACCGUAUAGAGAAAGAUUAUGAUGUUGCAUUAACCAAAUAUUUCCCGGAUGGAAUUGAUGUGUAUUUUGACAAUGUUGGUGGUAAAAUGCUUGAGGCUGUCCUUAAUCACGUCAACCAUGGAGCUCGUAUUGCACUUUGUGGAAUGAUAUCCGAGUACAAUAAGGUAUGGACAGAAAGAGAAGGAAUUAGGAAUUUAUUGAACAUGGUGGGUAAAGAAGUUAUGAUGAAAGGGUUUAUGGUGGGUUCUUAUUAUAAUCACUUUGAGGAAUUUGUAAAAGAGAUGGAAGUUCACUUGAAGGAGGGAAAAAUAAAGUCCAAGCACAAAAUAUAUAAUGGUAUUGAGAGCUUUUUGGAGAGUUUAACAUCUCUAUUUUCUAGCUCCAAUCUUGGAAAAGUAAUUCUUCAAGUUACUCCUUAAAAGUAAUUCUCCUUAUUAUCCUCACAAUGAUAAAACAAAGCAAAAUUUGGCAAUAUAUGUAUCUAUUUAUGCUUGUUAACUAUGUUAAUUUUUUUCUAAUGAAAAUGUUGAGGAGAUGUAUAAUAGAAAGUGUGAUUAUAUUUGUGAUGGAUUAAAAGAAAAGAUCGUUGUUUAUGACAUAUGUUGA